GAGAAAGGAAAGGAAGAUGUUGCAAUCCACUCCAUCCACGGCAGCUGCGUCAUCUGAGGAGGGGAGGCAGGGGCAAAGGCGGGACACCAAGACGUGGAGCCUGCCAGGUCUGUCAGCCCUGACUGAGGCCGCCCAGCUCUCCACCUGCCGGCAGCCCGAGGAGAUGAAGCAACCCGGCCCACGUGCCCGGCCUCCCGCCCCUGACUUUACUUGAUGACAAACUAGAAACUGAAACAGGUCGGGAUUCCCCGCUUGAAGUCGGAGAUGAGUCACUGCUGAGAGCAGCUGCAGUAGCAGAGAAGUGGCGCCAGAGAGGCAGGCGUGAGCAAGGCUCUGAGGUGGGCAGGUGAGCCGGGGACCGAGGCAGGCGUGAGCCCAGGGCACUGAGGAGGGUGUGAGCCCAGGGCUCUGAGGCAAGCAGAACGUCUGAGGGUCCCAGCGGAACAUGGCAGGUGACCGCGAGGUGGUGGCCAUGGACUGCGAGAUGGUGGGCCUGAGGCCCUUCGGGGAGAGCGGCUUGGCCCGCUGCAGCCUCGUGGACCUCCAUGGCACCGUGCUCUAUGACAAGUUCAUCCAGCCGGACGGGGAGAUCGUUGACUACAGGACGCGGGUCAGCGGGGUGACACCUCGGCACAUGGAGAAAGCCACACCAUUCACCGAGGCCAGGCAGGAGAUCCUGCAGCUCCUGAGAGGCAAGCUGGUGGUGGGUCACGACCUGAAGCACGACUUCAAGGCCCUGAAAGAGAGCAUGGACGGCUAUGCCAUCUACGACACGUCCACCGACAGGCUGCUGUGGCGCAAGGCCAAACUGCAGAACUGCAAGCGGGUCUCCCUGCGGGUGCUCAGCGAGCGGCUGCUCGGGUGGCACAUCCAGAACAGCAGGUCAGGACACAGCUCGGUGGAAGACGCCAGAGCAACCAUGGAGCUCUACAAAAUCUCCCGGCAACUUCGAGAGGACUGAGGGCUGCUUGCCAGGCGGUGUGGGACCGAAGCUCCGUUCGGUCCUUUCCCCAGGGACUGGAGGCCUGGGUCUCUUCGGGACAGGAACCCGCUUGCUUUUGGAAAAUGCAUCUUUAGCAAUAAAAUGACUAUAUUUUGUUUA